AUGUCCUGUCAACAGAGCCAGCAGCAGUGCCAGCCCCCUGCCAAGUGCCCUCCUAAGUGCCAGACCCCAAAGUGCCUUCCAAAAUGUCCCCCAAAAUGUCCUCCCAAGUGCCCCCCUGUGUCUUCCUGCUGUAGCCUGGGUUCCGGGGGCUGUUGCAGCUCUGGUGGCUGCUGUGGCUCCAGCUCUGGUGGCUGCUGCAGCUCUGGGGGAGGAGGCUGCUGCCUGAGCCACCACAGACCCCGAAGAUCUCUCCGUCGCCAUCGCCACAGCUCUGGAUGCUGCAGCAGUGGUGGCAGCAGUGGCUGCUGUGGCAGCAGCGGUGGCAGCAGUGGCUGCUGUAGUAGUAGCCAGCAGUCUGGGGACUGCUGCUGACCUGAGUGAGGAAGAAUUCAGACAAAUGGUGCUGGAGUAGCACAGGCUCAGAAGAUACCCCAAUGCCUGUUGUUCUCUUCUCCUGCUUUCCUCCUCACCCUGCUCUCUGAGGUGCUGAAAUCUCCUGGGAAAUGUUCUGUAUUCUCCUCACAAAAUGACAAUGCCUGUUUGCCCCUUUGUUAUAAAUUAAAAGAACCUUGACCACCA